GGAGCGAGAAGGGAAGGAAACGAGGAAGCAGGAACGGGUUAAUCUUGUGUGCGCCCAGGUUGGUGUGCGCGCGUGUGUGUGUGUGUCUGCGCGAGUGUAAGUGUGUAGUGUGUGAGCUUGACGACUUAGGCGAAUAGAGAUCAGGAAGAAGUGGUGAAGGAGGAAGAGGGAAGGAAAGGCCGCCGCUGUUCGUUUGGCUGAUUGCGCAUCGCGAGUGUAGCCUCGAUCUUAUCUCCAGGGUUUAAGAUUGGGUAAAGGAGAAAGCGGCGAGUUAUUAGCGACGCGCGUGUGCGCGCAUGAUAUCUUAUUUGCUCUUGAUAAUCAAUGACCGACCGUUGUGUUUAGUUGUGUACAGGUCUCACACACCGAAGGAUUCCACUGCGCGCGAGCGAGCGAGAGAGAGAGAGAGAGAGAGAGAGAGAGAGAGAGAGAGAGAGAGAGAGAUUGUUGCUUUCUAUUAUACUGUACUGAGUUACGGAUCCAUUGGGGAAGAGGUAUGUGGUCGCUCGCGUGACGUGGGCACUCGGGACUGCCGGUUUGGUGGGAUCUCGUGGACUGACUAAGGAAGAGACGGCCGAGGUGGGUGUUUCACAUCGAACGGUUGAACAGCAGGCAGGACGGUUGAGCGAGAGGAGCACGCUCCGUUCAUCGGUAGUAGUAACUCCCGUAUAUCGCAUGCGUCGACUAAGUGCACGCGCGUCCGUCGCGGAGAAUUUGAUUAAGCUAUCUCGGUGCAGAUACGCUCGUCGGUGGAGAGUUUUCGUCUUUUCCUGCGAGGCUUUUCCCUUUCCUUGCGCUCCCCGAAUGGCUUCACCGAUGACGGGCGGCGAUAAGGGUGGCCGAACUACUGAUCCUUGUUGGCAACAUAAUCGAGAUGUUGUCCUUCAAGUCGACGGGUCUUUUAAUACCUUGAAACACCGACGGAAUUACUGCACUCACUUCUGAUACUGAUAUCCCCUUGGAUCGUUUGCGCCGCUAUUGCCGAAAGCUCAACAUUCGGCGGGAACAAGUCACCUCCCAGGAACUACGUACAGGGGAAAAUCCUUCCAGAGUGUGUGCGUGUGUGUGUGUAAGAGAGAGAGAGAGAGAGAGAGAGAGAGAGAGAGAGAGAGAGAGAGAGAGAGAGGUGAAGACGGCAUGGCAAGGCUUUGAGCGGAGGAAGAAGUUGACUUGGGUCGUGAGCGCUCACAAACUACUGUGAAGAUGUCGGGAUAAUGACGGACGGACCCGCACCGAGGACUACAGGCAGCAAAUUGGUUUCUGUAAUUGGUUUAUGUAAGAUCACGAACUGAUUGAGUGGGUCGGAAACACUUGUGUGGAUUUUCCUGUGUUGGUGCGGAGUUCUGCAUCCUGCGGGAAGCAGGUUAACUUGUUAUAAACUGCGAUUACGCGGGGGCUUCAGACUCGCGCAGCCCAAGGGAAGUACGACGAGGUGUUUGGUUUUUUUUCGCGUGAAUAGGCGGGGUUUGGUCUCGCGCGAAAAGGACGGGGGGGGAAACAACGCUUCGUUGGAGGGGUAAAGAGGGAGAAGGAGAGAGAGAAGGUGGGGUGGGGUAUAAGGCGAAUCGCGGAGUGGAGAGGUGGGAAGGAAUUGGUCUCAGAUUCUCGUUUGGUACUGAGCGUCCUUGCGAAAAUGCAUCGGGGCUCUCCUAAUGAGAGGUUGUACGCUUACGCAGAUUCAUCGGAAGUAACGUUAGCGUCUUCCUCGCAUGUCUCCACAGCCGUCGCUGAUGUUUCUCUCCCUAUUAUGCUGUCCACUUUGACUGCAUUGGUCGAAGCCUCCUCCGUUGAAUCUCUCGAUUCCUCAGAAUCGCUGAGCCUCUGUAGCAGCAGUAGCAAUUGCAGUCUGGGCUCUCCUCUUCCCUUCCGUUCUUCUGAGGAGCUUGCUCACUACAAGGAAGCUGAACCUCUUUGCGGCUCAGUCCCGGAGUACGAAAGACAUGUUUUUCUCUGUUAUAGGGAAAAAACACCUGGAGACGUUCUCGACAGAUGUGCUUGGGAUGAGAUGCCAAAGUCUCUGGGGUCUGCUGUGAAGAAGUGGUCCGACCAGCUUCGGAAGAAGGUUAUGCUCACCGUAUGUCAGGGUGACUGUGACUCUGAUCUGUUCGACGGGACCGUCAUGUUGUUCCCCGACAUGCUCGAGUACAGGAGCCUUACUCGAUUUGAUGUGAAGUUGUUUGUCCAAGAAGCACUUGUCGAGGAAAGGAACUUCAAGUUGAAGCCAAGGAAACUUCAGGGCACACACGUCUUUAUUUGUUGCGACCCAGCUCUCGGUUCCCCUUGCGCAUCGCAAGGGCCUGACUUGUACAAGAAGUUCAAGGAUGCAGUUGAUAAAGAUAGACUCAACGAUCGAGUCAAAGUGUGGAAAACCUCCAGUUUCUUUAAUCACAAGGAGCCGGGCAAUGUGAUCAUAUUUCGGCAUCGAAGUGAUGGGGGAGUCGAUGGCGACUGGUACGGGAUGGUGAAGUCUUCGGAUGUCCCGAAGUUGCUCCGUGAGCACAUCGAGCGAGGAAAUAUUCUUGAGCAUCUCUGGAGGGGUAGAAUGGGAAUGGACGAGGAGCAGCAGAGAGAGGAGAGGGAACAGCGGAUGCGAUCCCGAUUGGAAAUGUACAAGUGCCGACCCGACUCGGGUAUUCCUCUGAUUGGCGGCGUGCCUUUGAAGUCUGUGGAUUGCCUCCGCAAGUGCGCAGACGGACGCUACGGCGACAGCCCGGAUGGGGACGAUGCGCGCUGCUUGAGUGAAAGCAGCUCGUGUAGUGGGCGCGAGGAGGAGCUGAGCGUCAAGAGAUGGGCGGCCCGCGAAUCUGAGAAAGUAUUUGGCCUCGUAAGGCAGAACAGGUGUCACUACGCCUUGGUGGAUGGUAAAGUUGUACUGGACUCCUUUGUGAAGAGGGGAGGUGAAAGUCCGCUGCUGGGGGAGCGGCCGCGGCCUCCUCCUGUUCCUCCUUGCCGUAGCGGCGGGUCGUGGAAUCGUUCUAUGAUGAGCGCUUGUCGCAGUUCUCGUAUGGGGACCGGUUCUUUGAAUUGCAGCCCAAACAGCAGCUGUGGUGGUGGGAGUGGGGGCGCCACUGGGAAAGGUGGGUUCGGCGCAACCAACUGCGGUAUCUCGCCGGCGGGAUUCCGGCCUGCAGCGGGCAGCGGUUGUGCUUGGAGACGGUCGGCUUCAGCACCUGCUGGACGUUCACAACGUCACAGCAGCAAUCAGUACCGCCAGCAGCAGUCGCCCUCCUCUUCACCCUCGUCAGCGUCGGCUUCCUCGUCCUCUGCCUCUUCGUCUCUCCUGGGUGGAAGCAAGUAUCUCUCGUCUUUUCUUCGAUCCAAUUGUCGAUUAGAAUGGGAGAGUCUGGACACGAUUGGUGUGACCUCGUUGGCGAUAGCAGUCUUCUCGACGGCAGUUGCUUUCCAAGCCGUCGGAUCGUUGAUGUCGUCUUCAUCGUGUUGUAGUCAACAGUAAUCAUAAUUCAAUUCCCAAGGUGUUGUUUCGUCCUAUACGCGGGGGGGGGCUGGCGAUGUGUGAGUGAGCGACGGAAGCUGGAUGAGGUGAAAGAGAGGAGGGGAAAGAAAGAGGAAAGAGGAGGGAAAAGAGGAGGGAAAGAGAGGAAAGAGGAGGGGAAAGAGAGAGGAAAGAGGGGAUGUCGAGGAGGCGAAGAGAAGGGAAAGAGGAGCACGAUGGUGCAGAGGAAGGUAAGAGGCAGAGAACGGUCAGGAUCAGUCUUCCACCAUUGGCGAUUGAUUGAUGAUGGCCGGCAUGAAAGAUGGUUGUUCAUGCUCAGUGUAAUUGCUUGAAGAUAGGUAUCGAUCCGCAGAGUAGAAGGAAGCACCCGCUGUCUGUACCAAAGCCAACUGGCAGGUGUUCGAUUUGUGCCGUGUCUUGUCUGUGUGUGUGUGUUUGUGUGUGUGUUUCGUGUGUGUGUGUGUGUGCGUGUGCCCGCGCGUGUGCGUGUUCGUGUACGAUGACGCUCGCGUCGUUCUUUAGCGACGUGUGUAUCGCCCACGCCCGCUGUCGCAAUCAAUCAUGUUUGUAGGUGUUAGGUGGGGUUCGUUUUAUUUCGGCAUUUUUAAAUAAUCUUUUUUGCCUCUUGUCCCUGUCGUAAAGAACGAUUGACAUUCUGCACGUGUCAACUUUAACAUCGUUGUCUUUUUUUUCUUUUUUUUUUCGUUUGGUUUGGUCAUUUUCGGUUCGACUCCCCUGUUAUGCGGAUUUAAUCGAUUCGAUUUCGCCUAUUCUAUUUUAUUCCGUUGUCGCCUCCGUUUCCUAUGUCGUGAGGGACCUGCCACCCUCCCUCCUCUCUCUCUCUCUCUCUCUCUCUCUCUCUCUUUGAGCUCCCUUGCUUCCCGUGGCUCAUUCCCGCUUUUGAUAUAGACACAGCCGUUGCGCAUUCGAGCGCCCGAACUUCGCUCCCCGCUCAUUUAGUUAUUCUUAUGGUGAUUGGUCUUCUUCGUCGAAGAUUAUAGGUAGUCGACUAGGUGUCGUCGUUUUUUUUUUCUCCGAAUUAUAGGUUUUAAUCGAGAACGAGGUGCGGUGUUUUGUUGAUUGGUGGUGCUGUCAUUGUAUAAACGAUUUGAUUUUUUUUUUUUUUUUUUUUUUUUUUUUCCUGGAGUACCGCUGACGAGCAGGGGAAAACGAGAAGGAGAUAUUUGUGUGUGUCCCAGGUGAUUGUUGAUGAUGAUGGCGAUGGUGAUGACCGAAUUAGUUACAGACCCGGUGAGAGAUAUCUUUCCCAGGCCUGUGCGGGGGUUUGCUCGAAUGUGUUCUGGAGCAAUUUCAACGGUUUAUUGAUUCUCCAUAAGUUCGUCGCUCUUCCCGUUUUCCAUUCAAAUUGUCUUGUGGUGUUUUGUCUCUCGGUCCACGCAACGAGGCUAUAUUCGAGAUUGAUGUCCAAGGCAUCAAUCAGUCUUUACUCGAAAUCUCUGCGCGAAGUCUCUGCGCUCGCUCAGCGUUCAUGACGGUGGAUCUGGCAUUGUCACCGGAUUUCAUUCCCAGUCAUAACCGAGCGGGCUGUGUGAGCACGCGCCUCUGUUCUCUCGCGUCUCUGUCCCUUCUCUUCCCUCGCCCUCUUCCCUUUCUCAUGUCUCUCUUGUGCUUUCUUUCUCUCUCUCUCUCUCUCUCUCUCUCUCUCUCUCUCUCUCUCUCUCUCUCUCUCUCCCUCCCUGCCUUUUCCGCCUCUUCGUUCCUGAUGUGGUGAUCUCUCCGGCUAGCGCAUUUUGCUUCUAGCCUAUCUUCGUGCGGGUAUGCUUGGCGUUUCGGAUAUGCGUGGCUGAACACUGGAGAACGUAGUCGCGCAUGUAAUAACUGCAGGAACCGACUCCUCGUUGCCUAACGCACCUGAGUGGAAAAGCACAUGUGGCUCACUCUGCGGUCAGAGAAUACGCAAUGGUGUCUCUAACUUCUCUCUCUCUCGCACUCGCUUGCGUGAUCUCUGCUUGGUGUUCCUUGGCUUCAUACCCUGUUUUCCGUGUCGUUGUAUUUCGUUAAGCUAGGGAUGGCCCCAUGCCGUAGAUCUUCGAAGGAUCGUUGCAGUUCUUGCUGUCUGAGAUUUGCGGACGAUUUGCCAAGGACGAAAGGAAGGGAGAGGGGGGGGGGGGGCGUUCCAGUGGCAGUCCUGUUUCAUCAUAUCCCAUUCAUUCCUUGUUUGAAGCAACGACGUGAGGAUGGAAAUUCGGAGGCAAACACGACGGUGGCAUGUUUCUUGACGUCGAUACGUAUGUUGCGUACGCAACGGAUAUGGGCCGCGUGAGCAUUUGACGGCUCAGCAGGGAAUCUUGUCGGCUUGAGGACGAGGACGACGACGUGGCUGGUUGGUUGAUUGGUUGCUCGGUCCUCUUCUUUCGUUUUCUAUCUUCUAUUUCGAUUCAUCGGUGUCUGUGUCUCUCGCUCUCGGUUGCAAUUGAUUGCCCGAGAGAAGGGGAGGCUAUCUACAUCGACGGCUUCAAUUUGUCGAUUCAUCGAAUUUUUCUGGAACACGAUCUGCCACGUGGCUGUAGUAUCUCCUCUGCUUUGCGGCAAAGCAGCACUUCGAAUCUAAUCUGAGUCCGAAGGUUGCUGGUCCUUCCCAGACCCCUACUUGUCGUCUCUUGCACAGCCAUCAUGGGAGGGGUGUUCUGCUCCGUAGCAAAAGCUAUAAAGGGGCAAAAGCAUAAAGGGGCAAAAGCUAUCAAGGAGGCCAAAAGCUAUCAAGGGGGCCAAAAGCUAUAAACGUGGGCAAAAGCUAUCAAGGGGGGCAGGGCCAAAAGCUAUCAAGGGGGGCAAAAGCUAUGAAGGGGGGCAAAAGCUAUCGAGGGGUUGGGUUUAUGCGGUGUUAAGUGGUGGUAGGUGUCCCCAGUUUCUCUGUUAUGAAGAAGAAGCAAAAGAUAUCAAAGUGUGUUCUACUCGGGCGGGCGCCCGUCGGCAGCGCAUGGAUGUGGCGGCAGAAAAUGAGCGAGAGGAGGGGAGGAGACCGGGGACCGGCGGGGGAGCGGCGCAGGAAGGAGGAUAUUAUGAUGGGAACGGGAAGGAAGGGAAUCUGAAAAAAAUGAUGCAGCUGUAUAUGUAAUUGCUCGCGUGCUGUUGGUCGAGGGUUCGAGGCGCUUGGCUAUCUCUGCGCGAUGGCGUUUCUUCUUCUUCUUCUCUUCCGUGAACCCUUUGCGGUGGGUUUUACGGUUCUCGACAAGAGACUGAAGUGGUGGUGCUUCUGAGGGUUUCGACAGCGGCAAGGGUUUGGUAGUUAGUGGGGGGGGAGGGGGGGAUGCGUCAAGGGGUUGUGGAUUAUAGUGGGUCGGACUCUGUCUGUAUGGCCCUGCGACUAAGUCUAACGAAUA